GUCGUCAAAUGACGUAGGUGGGUUCUUGCUUUCGGGCGGGACAAGGUGUUUCAAAACCGAUCAAAAUCUGUCGAAUUGCUGCACAGCAUUUAUUUGAUCGAUCGACGAUGGCCUUCCAAACAGAAAAAAAUCUCGUACCGUGUCUGGCUUUGAAAAACGUUGACGCCCUGUUGCGAUGUCCAAUUUGUUUUGAUUUUCUCAACACUUCAAUGAUGACCAAAUGCUCUCACAAUUUUUGCUCCUUGUGCAUCAGGAAAUUCUUUUCCUAUAAGCUUCAGUGUCCAGUUUGCAAUGCGCAAGCAACAGAACAAGAUCUCCAAAACAACCGUUUACUGGAUGAAUUGGUUGUAAACUUUCAAUCUGCAAGACAGCAGUUGUCACAAACUUAUUUUGACUCUCCACCAAUAUCCCCAACGAACUCGGCAUCAGUCAAAUGCAAAUCACCGAGCGACAGAGGCCAAAAGUGCAACGGCUCUCUUGUGAGUCACUUUUUCCAGAAGAGGCCCAGAAAGUCUGCCACAGAUGCCCCGACUGGACGUGUGCGCAGUGAUAAGGACGCUGACCCCCGCAAAGCCACUGUAAAGGAAGAGCCCGGUGAUGUGGAAGAGGCAUCCAUGCGGGACGCCGGCUGGGCGCAGCAGGAUGAGACGAAAUUGCACAGCAUCAGCACGGAAGAAGAGAUGCCGCAUUCUUCCUCAUCACCGCCAACUGAUGUGAAGCCUGCAAUCAAAGUGGAGUGCCCCGUGUGCUCCGUGAGUGUGUCCCAGCCGUUCAUCAACAAACAUUUGGACAUGUGUCUCACGAGCGGCGAAAAGAAGGAAAGCUUAAGAAGCUCCCUUGGCAAGGCAAGGCGCCCGACGGGGAAGUUGGUGUACAACCUGCUUAGCCUGCAGGAGUUGAAGCGGAGGCUCAAGGAAUGGAACCUUUCGUUGAAAGGCUCCCGCGAUCAGCUGAUCCAAAGGCACAAGGAAUUUGUGCAUAUUUAUAAUGCACAAUGUGACUCGCUCAAUCCCAAAUCAGUUGAAGAAAUUGUCAAAGAGGUGGAAGCCACCGAGAGGAUCAAAAAUCAGCUACAUGACAAAGUCAAACCUGUUAUGGUUUUCUCGAAGAAUCACUCCGAGGAGGAAAUUGAUGAGGUUCACUCAACAUAUAGGAAGCAGCACAGCAACGACUUCUCUCGCCUGGUUGCUCAGGUUCGUGGUCGCCUAGAUACAACCAGGGCUACUCAGAUAAAAGAGGCGGCGGGAGGCGAAGAUGCAGAGCAAACACCUUCGGCAGCUCAAGGUGCAGAAACAAAGACUUGUUUGGAUAUCAAAUCUGAAGGAGAGGAAGAAAAGGAGCCAUCCCCAAGAGGCAUUUUCCUCUCAAACAGCCCCACUUACAGUGACGUCUCUGUCAGCAGCUCACUUUCGGACAUCUUUGCACCAGAACCUUCCAUAAACGAGCUAAGUGGAGACUUGGAGAUUGGGCGUUGCCGUGUCACUUGUAUGGAAGGAAACAAGGAAUAAAAGAGGCUUAAUCUCUACAUUGCAGAUUGUCAUGGUUGGCCAGUUGAGUGUUUUUUUUUUUAACUCAUUCAGUACCAGCCAAUUGUGGACCAAGUCUGAAAAGACGUUUAAAAACGUCUUUGGGAGUGACUGAAUUCAUAUAUAAAUUACACAUGCGUCUAUCAGUCCACUGCCCAUCCACGAACCCACUCCGUCGUCAUUCCAGCUUUCAUUUGCCACGUGGACUUGUGAUCCAAAUUCCAGUACUGGAAUUUAGUUUUUCCUGCCAAUAAAGAGACAUGGGACACUUUGUCGUCGGCUGUGAGCUGAUCUCAAUUUUUACUCCUUUCUUGUCAGCAGGGCCCUGCGUGUGAGCUUUAAGAGGUUCCACAUGUGCACCAAAUAAUGGUGUUGAAAUAAAAUCAACUUAUUUUAGUAUGCAUAUAUACAGUAAAUAUACAAUAUCGUAUCUUUGAUUGCAUUCAGUGUAUCAGGAUCUUGAAUAAAUGAGUCCAAGUCACAAUUCAACACCGUUGACCUCGUUACAAAACCAAUCAAGAGAUAUUUCACUUCUUGACUGCAAAUUUGAUGUACAAGGGAGAAAUGAUUAUUGAAGGCCACCUCUGCUGUUUUCGCUCCCUGUCAUCAAAAGAACAGUAAUUAUUGGAAGAAAUAGGUGUGCAAAAAUCAGUAAUU